UGAAAGUGAGAGAGAGAUUGGGCUGUUUGAACGUGCCAGAGGGGAAGAGAGAGAGGGAGAGGGACAUUUUCAGGACUGAGGAAAUAGAAGUGUUACUACUGGGUUGUGCUGCCUGGCUCUAGAAGACCGACAUGGAGAAUAUGCAUCGCCCCACAGCACACACAGACACCGGACACCAGACACCGAACACCACGUAAAAUGUGAUUCAAAGGCCUCACUAUCAGCGGUGAUUUUUCCACUUCUCCCAUUCCUUUUUUUAGUUUUAUUUUGCGCUGCCUCCUCUCUCCUUAUUUCUGUGUGUGGAUCCCCCCUCCCUCCCUCCACCACUUCUGUCACUCUCUCCAUUUCCAAAGGAGGGAUCUGUGAAUCAAGUGCAACAGAAGAAGAACAUGAGUCUCGGGGAAUGAUGCCGCUGCCGUUUGUGCCACCCUCCCUGUCGCCAUGACGAUGCCACUCAGCCCCCUCUCCAGUGACGAGGAGCAGCAAAGGAUGCUGGGAAACAAUAGACAUCUAUAUCCUGGGGCAGAGGACGAGGAAGAGGAGGAGGAAGAUGAAGAAGAGGAGGGUGAGGAAGAUGACCGUGAUGCAGAGGGAGAAGAUGGGGAGAAUGGAGAGCUGGAGGGAGAAGAGGAGGAAGUGGAAGUGGAGGAAGUCAGGCGAGGAGGAGGCAUGUCGCGAGGAGGCAGGGAUGAGGGGCACAGGCAAUUAGGCAAAAUGACUGGACGACCCACAGGAGACAGACAGAUACGACCCGGCAACAUUGGGCACACAGUAAACCCUUAUUCGUCCAACCAUGGACCCACCCAUCAACAGCCAGCCAAUCAGCAGCAGCAGCAGAAGAGGCUGAGAGAGCAUAGCUCCAGCAGGGCGCCGUCAGAGGACGACCACAUCGCCAUGAUGGUGUUCCGCAUCGGCAUCCCCGACAUCAAACAGACGAAGUGUUUGCGGUUCAACCCAGAUGCGACCGUUUGGAAGGCCAAGCAGCAGGUGCUAUGUUCUCUGACCGAUUCGUUGCGGGAUGUGUUGAACUACGGCUUGUUCCAACCAGCCACUGAAGGCCAUGACGCCAAGUUCCUGGAGGAGGAGAAGAUGCUGAGAGAGUACCCACAAUCCUUUGAGAAGGGGGUACCAUAUCUGGAGUUUCGUUACAAGACCAGAGUGUACAAACAGACCAAUCUAGAUGAGAAACAGCUGGCUAAACUGCACACUAAGGCCAGUCUGAAGAAGUUCAUGGACUAUAUCCAAAGUGGCUCUGUGGACAAGAUGGCCAAGUUCUUGGACAAAGGGCUUGACCCCAACUACCAGGACCCUGACACGGGAGAAACCCCCCUGACGUUGGCGGUGCAAUGUGAGCCGGGGGGAGGGGAGGCCAUACGGGGGCUGGUGCUGGGAGGGGCUCAUCUUGAUUUCAGGUCCAAGGACGGACUCACACCUCUACACAAGGCUGUCCGCAGCCACUGCCACACAGCGUUGCUGACCUUGCUGUCUCUGGGUGCGUCUCCAGACUAUAAGGACCGGCGGGGGCUGACUCCGCUCUACCACACUGUGCUGACAGGGGGCGACACCUCCUGCUGUGAGACCCUGCUCCACCACCGCGCCAAGCUGGCCGUCAGGGACGAGAACGGCUGGGAUGAGACACACCAGGCCUGUCAGAAUGGCAACGCCCAGCAUCUGGAGCACCUUCUUUUUUACGGGGCAGACUCCACUUCCCAGAAUGCCUCAGGAAACACUGCCUUGCACGUUUGUGCUUUAUACAACAAGGACAGCUGUGCACGAAUUCUACUUUACAGGGGAGCCAAUAAAGACACAAAGAAUAACAGUGGGCAGAACCCAUUUCAGGUGGCUGUCAUGUCCGGCCAUUUUGAGCUAGGAGAGAUUAUCAAAAACCACCGGGACACAUAUGUAGGUACGUUCUGA